AUGUCGAUCCCUGUGCCACCUAGCUGGAAGGACCUUGGUAAGGCCGCCUCUGACAUUCUUGGUAAGGACUACCCGAUCCACGGCUCGACCCUUGAGGUUAAGACUCGCACGCCAUCGGGCGUGACGUUCCGUGUGCUGGGUCUCCACGACAACAAGUCUUCGAACAUCAGUGGUGACCUCGAGGCUAGCUGGCAGGACCGCAAGAAGGGUCUUGCUUUCACGCAGGCCUGGUCGACGGCCAACGUGCUCCGCAACCACAUCGAGUCGGAGAACCACCUCGCCAAGGGUCUUAAGCUCGAGGUGAUCUCGACGCUGGUGCCUGAGAAGCAGGCCAAGAACGCUCUCGUUGCCCUCACCUACCGCACUCCUGGUCUGCACACUCGUCAGUUCCUUGACGUGUUCAAGGGUCCUCUUGCUACGGCUGACGCUGUGGUGGGCCGUGACGGUUUCCUCUUUGGUGCUGAGGCCGCCUACAACGCCAAGGACAAGAAGCUCGCUCGCUACAACCUGGCUGCUGGCUACCAUGCGCCUGAGUACGCCAUCACGCUGCACGCCCUCGGCAACCUCUCUACGUACAGCGCCUCGUACUACCACCGUGUGAACCAGGACAUUGAGGCCAGCGCUCGCGCUACGUACGACUCGAAGGCAUCGAGUAACGUGAACCUGGAGGUCGGCACGAAGACCUACCUUGACAACGCUGCCUUCAUCAAGGCCAAGAUUAACAACUCGGGUAUCCUUGCUCUUGGCUACGCCCAGGCUCUCCGCCCCGGUAUCAAGGCCACCUUUGGUCUUGCCCUCGACACGAUCAAGCUCUCGAGUGGCUCGACGGACGCCAGCGCUCACAAGCUCGGUGCCGCUCUUACGUUCGAGGCCUAA